GUUGUGCAGGCUAGCGCAGAGGCGUCACUACACAGUCGAGCGUCGAAGCUGCAGUAGUGGAGUGAGGGGAAGUGUGAGAGAGAGAGAGAGAGAGAAAGAGAGAGAAAUCUGCAGGCGGAGCGAAAAAAAGCGGCGGCGGCGGCGGUGGCGUUGGUGUGGGUUAUGGACGAGCUGCCACUGAUGCAUCAACGAUGGAGAUGACGACCGGCGAUUUUCCCUGCCGCCUGUCCGGCAUACUCGGCUGCCUCGUACUCUCCGUACUCUACGUCGGCAGCCUCUACGUCUGGCGUUCGCCGCUCAACAGGGACCACCCGAGCGUUAUUAAAAGACGAUUCUUCAGUGUGUUUAUAACGACAUUGCUGUCCCCAUUAGUUUUGUAUUUUGGAAUUAACGAGAAAUUUUAUCAAGGAGCUACACUGUGGGAAUUGUUAGGACUAAGAUGGACUGGUAUAAUUCAAGCAAUUAUCAUACCACUGUGUCUUACAAUGGUCCUUUUUUUGGGCCCGCUUUAUAUGCAGGGUCUUAAUGGCUUGUGGCGACUUUAUGUAGAGCCGACGUACUGGUUGGGUAGUGUGCGAACCUUGGUCUGGUGGAGAAACCAAGUAGUAGCACCGCUUUCCGAAGAAUGGACGUUCAGGGCCUGCAUGCUGCCGUUACUGCUGCAAUGUUUCGGGCCGACGACUGCCAUUUUUAUAUGCCCACUUUUCUUUGGAGUGGCCCAUUUUCACCAUCUCAUCGAAAACACGAGAAGAGGGAUGACUUUUAAAACGGCUUUGUUGAGAUCUUGCUUUCAAUUUUCAUUCACUACGAUUUUUGGAGCAUACGCGGCAUUUUUGUUUGCCAAGACAGGUCACUUUUUAGCGCCGUUCACGGCUCACUCCUUCUGCAAUCACAUGGGUUUCCCUGACCUUUCGGAGGUGGUUGCCUACGAGGAUCCUUUAAAAAGAGCGAAGCUCUUCUCGCUCUUUGUAAUCGGACUGGUAGCCUGGUGUUUGCUACUUACGCCCAUGACAAAUCCAAGUUGGUUUAGUAACACAUUAUUCUGGCAGAAGCAUGCCAUAGAAUAAAUGAGAUAAAGCGUUUACUACUAUGGCGCCUAUCAAUCUGUCUUUUUUAUAAAACGCAAAAUAACGAUUGCCGAGUUAGAAUGCGUGCUUUUAAGUCGGCAUUUAAAUAAGCACAGUUACCUAUUUACUGUAAUUAACUAACUUAUUAAAAACAAGUGCUAAGGACUAACAGACUGUGCAAAGAUAAUAUUUUACGGUCUGUUAAAUAGAGCAUUAACUUGACAAUUAGUCGAAACCAGAGAAUAGAAUUAGGUAUUAAAGUAAACACCGCUGUGCCUCAAUUGAACAGAAAAAGAGAAAAAGACUUAUGUGAUUUGCGAUUUCAGAAGCAUAUAAUAUCAUGAUACAUAGACAAAAGGUUGUUAGUCUUGCCAAAUAUUGUUGUUGUUCUUUUUGUAAUAAUGUAUGCAUUAAAUCAAGCAUCUGUGCAUUUUGAAAACUAGACUCUAUUGAGAAGAAAUAUUAAAUAUACUAAUUGUAUAAUACUGAUUUUUUUGCUAAUAAAUUUUUUGGUUGACAACCAUCACAAGAUUUUAAUUAUUUCGUGUAACUUUGCAUUGUGCUAGGUAUUAAAAACACAAUCGUUUGGAAGUAUUUACUUUGACAAUUGUUGUAUUCGAUAUCAUUUACAAAGAGAUUACUUAAUAUUGAAAGUCCCAUUAAACAGUAUUACUGAUUUAGAUCACAGUGAUAAUUAUUGUUAUAACAAUAAUGCGAUUUCAUAAAGCUCGAACCUUUUUCAAACAUAACGAUAUUUAGGAAUAAUUAUUCAUCCCUCGACAAAAUUUUAUGUAAUUUGUCGAUUAUACCUAACUGUAAACUCGACAGUCGACAGCAAUGUAAAAGUCUUAAAACAUCAAACUUACGUUCCUAUGUACAUAUAAAAAUAAACGCAGAGAAAUAAAUGCAAA